UCUCUCUCCGUUGUUGACUUGCGUAACAACAUGGUGGCUUUUACUCACAAGCGUCAGGUUGCGACAAUGGAAACACUUUAUUAUUCUUUAGAUCGGUGAUGUUUGAGUUAUUACAAUUUCAAGGAGUAUGUCACAGAUGUUUGACAGACUAGAAAAAGGCUUGAAUAGCAAUAACUUUGGUUAGCAAUCAGGAAUCUUUGAGAGGAAGAUUAGUCAGUUAGCUAGUUCUUAAUCAUAACAGGGCUGUAGCUUGUAAACAUAAAUGCUGAUCCCGCAUGUAGAGAUCUGUGAAAAUGCUGAGCUUUCUUACAGCCAGACAAACAGGUGUGGACGAUCCUGUGCGUUUGAGACGAGCAGAAUCAACACGAAGGGUGCUGAGUUUGGAGCUGAAUCAUGACAGAGAUGUGGAAAGAAUUCAUGGGAAUGGAGUGAACUGUAUUGAUAUUGAAGUGAUUGAAGGCAGAUAUAUGUUAUCAGGGGGUUCAGAUGGCGUAAUUGUGAUCUACGACCUGGAAAACAGCAGCAAGAAGUCACAUUACACUUGUAAAGCAAUUUGCACUGUAGGCAGGUCGAAUCGUCAUGUGCACAAGUUCAGCGUGGAGACGGUUCAGUGGUAUCCUUAUGACACUGGCAUAUUUGUAUCCAGCUCAUUUGACAAAAGCAUGAAAGUUUGGGACACAGAAACACUCAAGCCAGCUGAUGUGUUCCAGUUUGAUGGGAAUGUCUACUGCCACCACAUGUCUCCUAUUGCCAGGAAACAUAGUCUCAUAGCAGUUGGUACCAAAGACCCGAAAGUUCAGCUGUGUGAUAUGAAGUCUGGUUCUCGCAUCCACUUCCUGCAGGGUCACAGAGGAGAGAUUCUCUCUGUCCGAUGGUCCCCGCGCUACGAGCACAUACUGGCCACUGCUAGCACUGAUGGCAGGGUGUGUAUGUGGGACGUGCGGCGAGCAGCUGGAAGCCUCUUUACUUUAGAUCAGUUCAAUGGGGACAAGUCUAAAGCGUCGACUGAAGCAGUGAACACAGCCCAUAAUGGACGCGUGAACGGCUUGUGCUUCACUGAUGAUGGCCUUUACCUUCUGACCACAGGCACGGACGACCGCAUGCGCUUGUGGAACAGUGCCACAGGCCACAACACACUGGUAAACUAUGGGAAGGUGGUUAAUGAGAGCCGGAAAGGUGUGAAGUUCACUGUGUCGAGAGGCUGCAGCCCGGAGUUUGUGUUCGUGCCAUGUGGCAGCUCGGUUGCAGUGUACGGCCUUUACACAGGAGAGCUAGUGACGACAUUAAGGGGGCAUUACAAUAACGUAGACUGCUGUGAGUUCCACCCAGACUAUCAGGAGCUCUACAGUGGUGGAAAGGACUGUAACAUCUUGGCAUGGGUUCCUGUGCUGCGUCAACCUGAUGUUGAGGAUGAGGGGAAAAAGGGUGGAGCCCAAGCUGCAGUUAAUCCUGCUUUUGAAGACGCCUGGAGCAGUGAUGAAGAUUGAUUGAUCCAAUAACAGUUUAAUUACAGUAAAACUCAUACAGCAUUACAAGGUGAACGUGCCUCAGAGGUCUUCUUACAUUAUCAAGUCAACAGUUUUGAACUGCAGUGCCAACUUCCACAUACCAGCUUAAAAGACAAAUUCCAGACCUCUGCACUCUAACACACUAUGGGUUUAACUUGAAUAUAACAAACCUGGAUUUAGAGGUGUGCAUGGGACUGUUUUUUAAAUCCUGUUCCCACCCACUUCUGAAGGAACUCUGACUAAUCCCGGCAGCUUCCACAGAAAGUUUGACGAAUCCUGCCAGCUCUUGCAAAAAUUUUCAUCAAUCUUGCCCACUUCCAUAGAACAUCUGACCAAUCCUGCCCACUCCUACAGAAGGUUUGAAAACUCCCACCUAUUCCCACAUAAAGUUUGACUAAACCCACCCACUCCUGCAGACAACUUUUACUACUCUCUCCCGGCUCCUACAGAAUGUUUGACUAUUCCUGCCCAUUCUCACAGAAACUUUUGAUUAAACCCACUUGCUCCCACUAAACAUUUGAUUAAUCCCACUUCAGACCGAGUUCCCACAGGAUAUCAGUCUCCAUUCAGAAGUCUACCUGGAUUUAAUACUCGCUACUUAGGAAGCAAGUAGACAAGUCAUAGAUACGUAGGGAUCAGAUGUAUUAACCUUGAUCUGGAGCUAAACAACCUGCUUGGCAGUCAGUUUCUCAGAGCAAGUUUGGCCAGCUCUCCUUUACGUGAAUAUUCCAGCAGAGGUUUUCAGCAAGUGUGAUCAAAAAGUUUAUCUUCACCUACUGCCUUCAUUUGCAUGGUGUGGCCUGAUACAACAAACUACUGGAACUGUUCUAUGAGAAGCCUUUGACCUACAUGUGGACUGCACGUUUCAUCAUUUAAAUUCAACUUAAAGACUUAAAAUGUUUUCUAUUUAUUUUAUGUACAUACAUUUCUAUUUUAAUUGCCAGUAAAUGGAAUUAUUUGUAACAGUAGUGAAGAAAAAUGAUUGAUGCAGGUGUAAUGUUCUUUUUUUAGUCUGUAUGCCUUACUAGUGCUUACUGAAUGCUAACAGUGAUCAAACUGUCACUGUUCUAAGUGACAAGUUUAUGAUAAGUUUCUUGGUAAAUGUCUUUUGUGUUUUAGCUAUAGACAGUUCUAUGCAAGUCUCAAGUUUGUCACGGGAAAAAUAAAGUUGUGAGCACUGGAAAAAUUUUUUUUAUAUUUUAUAUUGUUCAAUUAAAUCUUCUGUCUUUAAUCCAUCAAA